UGUGGAGGAUAUGGCGAAAGCCUUGAGUCUAAUCCCUCUCCCUUGUUUUCUGUCUUUGCUUUUCCUUCAGGCUGCAAGAUCAAGGCUCUGAGAGCAAAGACCAACACCUACAUCAAAACUCCGGUGCGCGGUGAGGAGCCGGUCUUCAUGGUGACGGGGCGGCGGGAGGACGUUGCCAUGGCGAGGCGGGAAAUCAUCUCGGCGGCUGAGCACUUCUCUAUGAUCCGGGCCUCCCGCAACAAGGCUGGCACCACCUUUGGCAGUGCCCCUACCCUGCCUGGCCAGGUCACUAUCCGGGUCCGCGUACCCUACCGUGUAGUGGGCUUGGUAGUGGGUCCCAAAGGAGCCACCAUCAAGCGGAUCCAGCAGCAAACCAAUACCUACAUUAUCACACCCAGCCGGGACCGGGACCCCGUCUUCGAGAUCACAGGGGCACCAGGCAACGUCGAGCGGGCCCGAGAGGAGAUAGAGACCCACAUUGCGGUGAGGACAGGCAAGAUCCUGGAGUACAACAAUGAGAAUGACUUCCUGUCCAGCAGCCCCGACUCAGGCAUGGAGAACCGCUACUCGGAGGCGUGGCGGGUGCACACACCUGCCCCAGGUUGCAAACCCCUCUCCACUUUCCGACAGAACAGCCUCGGGUGCAUUGGCGACUGCUCUGUGGACCCAGUCUACGAGACACCCCGACUGAACGACCAAAAUGACUUCAAUUACGGUUACCUCUUUCCCAACUAUGGGGUGAACAAACAAGAUCUCUAUUACGGGGUGCCAGAAUCCGGUGCCCCUAUGUGGGCUGGGCAGGAAAACACCAACCCUGUCUCUGUGCUCUUCUCUAAGCAGCAACGAUCUGGUAGUACCGGCGCUGUCCAUCCUAACUCUCAUCGCUCCCCGUCCUCUUCGAUCCAAGAGCCUAACCUCUCGGGGCUCCCCAGAAGGUCUCCAGGGGAACCACUGCAAGGAUUUUCCAAACUGGGAGCCAACACCACCGCCCGGACAUCCAUUUCCAGCAGCCGGGAGUGCAUGGUGUGCUUUGAAAGUGAAGUGACGGCAGCUCUGGUGCCAUGUGGCCAUGACCUCUUGAGUGUGCUGUGCGGCUCUGCGAGAGGACUGACCCGGAAUGUCCUGUUUGCCAUGCUGCAGCCACUCAGGCUAUUAGAAUAUUUUCUUAAAGAGACAGGGCGGGGCGGCGGGGACUCCAAUAAAAAGAGGAUGAUAAUAAUAAUAAUGACAUCAGAAGAAUAAAUGAACGAAUGAAAGAAUAAGAUAAUUAAUUUAAAGAAGAGGAAAAAAAAUUAUUUUACGAGCAAUGUACGUUAUUUUUUAAAAAAAAGAAGUGAAUAAUAAUAAAUUAAAAUGAAUAGAAAAGCCAGAAAUUUUGAAGGGCAAAUGAUGCUCCAGCCUACGAUGUCUUUUUAAAACAAGUACUCUGAACGCACACUUGGAUCUCGCAAGCAAAGCGGUUUAGUUAAAUUUUUUUUGGUGGCGAGACAGGACUCACAGCUCCUCUGCAUUGACCAAGCUUGGUCAUUUUUAUGUGACCAGAGCCCAGAGGGCACAUGGGAAGUGAGGGGCUUCCUCAACAGCUGUUCCUUCCCCACUCGACACUCCAUCUUUUAACUUGGUCUGAAGCUGCCCCCUGGGGACAUCAAAUCAACCAGCAGAGGAGAGCUUGGAAAGAAAAGAAAACAGAUGGCAAAGGGGGGGAAGGAAAGAAAGAAAGAAAGAAAAAAAAAAAAAACCAUCAACCUCUGGGAACCUGUUAGAACGAGGGCACAACUCUAUUACCUCAAAGAUUUAAAAAAAAAUACAAACAAAUAAAAAACAAAACAGCAGCUAAAGAACUUUUAUUAUUUUCCUUUUUUUUAAAAAAAAAAAAAAGAACAUUGAAAAAACAAAUAAAAAUUACGCCGGUGAAACUGAAGAAGGUUUGGAAGAACCUGUAGGAGUCACACUGGGUGCUUAGCAUUUAUUUUGUUAUUCUGAGCCACCGUGGAGUUUGGAACUACGUUAUUUUUUUUGUUUUUGUUUGAAUCCAAACAGGGAUUUGUUCAUCAGAUGAAUCAGGAGUCACUAACAGGGUAUUUCAAAACCAGUCUUGAGUUCCCAUCCAAGGGCGAGGAUGGACUUCCACAUUUCCAUAGUUCACUCUUCUUUGCUUUUCCCACGUGAUGCCAGCUGCAGUUUUCUACGCAUGUGCACGCGUACACCACACAGCAUUGUGCUUUUCUUGAAAUAAAUAUACACACACAAGUUAACAUUCUUUUUUUUUUUUCUUAAAAAAAGUGUACCGCACCAAAACCUAAGAGAGACGAUCAUGCAAUACAGGCGAUGAGCCCUUUUGAAACCAACAUGCAUCCUGACCGAAAGCAAAAAAUCCGAGUUUAUAUAUAUAAUUUUGUCGUUGUUGUUUUUAAACUGGACCAAAACUUUUGUUACCCAAAACCAAGUGGAAAAUUUUAAAAAAAGAAGAAAGUAUUUCUUUAUGGACCAAAACCUCUUCAACUGUCCUUAACCUAGAUCUUCCGGAGGUUGCCACUUUUAUAUAUUAUAUUUUUUUCAGAACGAAACAAAAAAUAAAUAAAUAAAUGAAUUGCCUUGUUGAACAUCCUUUUAAUCAUUUGAAGACUCCUGGUUUUGUUAAAUCAGAUACUUUUUUUAACUGUUGAGAAGUGGGAAAGACAGGCUUCGAAUCUGGCCUCGAUGCCAAUCACAAUCCAGCAUCUUAACGUGAUCAGGUUUGUUCAACCAGUACCUGGAUGCCAAAUUGCCAUGGUGGCAAAAUUACGUGUGUUGGAUUAAUUUACCAAGCACCUCUCUCUCUCCCUCUCUCCCUCUCUCUCUCUCUCUCUCUCUCUCUAUAUAUAUAUAUAUAUAUAUUUUCCCCCAUACACUCUCUUCCUACCCCCAAAUUACUUCUACUCACCAAUCCUGGACCCUGCUUUAGAACUGUGGACCAACAAGCUUAGCAACUUGAGAGAGACAAAUCUACAGCCAAAAAUUCAACAAAAAUAGCCAGAGAUGUUCCUCAAGUUACUGGAGACCUUAAUUUCAUCGUAACGUGCUUCCUGGAACUAUCCCCUCUUCUUGAUUCGUUGCCACUCACCCCUAACGGAGUCCCCUUCCAAUUUGUUCAGGACAUCCUUUGGUCACAUACAGGGGUGGAGUGUAGAUACUGAGGCAGGCCUGUGUUUGGACUCAAGACUUGAUAAAGGUCCAUGUACGAUCUUUAGAUAUUGGGGGGAAGGGCCUGAAAUUUUGUACUUUCCAACACUUUGCAUUGAUGGUGAAUUGUUACACAGGGCGGAGGAUAGAAGGUGGUAGGAGAUUGUGCUCCUAGGUACUGCAGUGGAUGCUGAUAGAAAAAUAUUGUACUAAAGGGGACACUGUCGGGUCAAAGUUAUAACCCCUUUUCUUCCCACCGCAGCUUUAACAAACCUUAAACAGCCUAAUUCUCCAUUGCCCUGCACUUUCUGCAGUCAUUUACACCCAGGGGAGCUAACAGCCUCCGUGGGUCCCUGAGGCAAGAUGGGGGGGCAACGUUGCGCUCCCUGACUGGGUGGGGCCUGGGAGGAAGGGAUGAGGCUGGGGCCCUCAGUGCCACCCAGACCAUGGCAUGCCCCCCUCUCCCUCCAGCUCUCAGGCCCACCCGGAGCAUACAUCACCUCUGCCUCCCCAUGUAGCCCUGAAAGCUGCCUGGACUGUAUAAAGUGGCACUCCUGCGGUGAUUUAAAGGACUGGAGGUGCUGGCCGCUGCUGCACUAGUAGUGGUGGUGGCCAGGAACCCCGGGCCCCUUUGAAUCACUGGGCCCUAGGACCACUGCUCUUUUUGCCCCUCCCAUUGGCGGGCCUGUUUACACCAGUGCAAAGAAGGUAUCAGACGGCUACCAAAUCACAACUAUUGCAUUAUUGACCCCCAUGCUCCUGUUGUUGUUUACACCAGUGCUGCAGGACAAUGGCAAAUUGGGCUAGUAGACUUCCAUAGGAGAAAGAGGCUAGGCACCAC